CUUCGACUUUACAACUUCAAUAUCCACAACAACAACAACGCCUUUACCGCGAAGUUAAUCAAAGCACAACUACCCCAUUAAUACUUUAAUUUAAUUAUUACUUACUACGUCUCUAAUAAUAUUCACCUUCUAUAAAGUAUACAUCCCUUUCGCUACCUUAAUGCGAAAUCUCGCCUCCUUUCUCAGCUAAACUGCGCAUCUCACCUACUAAUUAAAGAUGUCAGCACAAAAGGAGGUGAAAGCGGUUAAUAUUGGUGCGGCAAAUAAGCGCAUGGUAGGACGUGAUACGUGCACUACUGUGCCUGGAAGAACAUCGGCCGCGGUGGCGGCUAUGUCUGCCUUUGAAUCGGCGCAACCAUCUAACACCUUGGAAUUCAAGCCAUCCGGGAGAAGUUUCAAAAGAGGCUCCCGUCAAAGAAGUCCCCAGCAACGUUCCCGAACCAAUGGGGCUCCAAAGAAGAAGCUUCCAGCCUUUGAGACCCGCGGUACAGACACUAAAUGUAUUGGGGGAACAGUCCAGCCCUUCGAUGCCGCUGCACCCGCUGCUUAUUCUUUCACACGAGGUGUGGUGCCUGGUGCUGCCUCUUCUUCCAUACAAGGUGUGGUGCCUGGUGCUGUUACCCAUACUACUCCAGACGUGGUGCCUGCAAGCCCUGACAACAAGGAGGACCAUAAGCCGAAUGGCGCGUCCCAAGAGCGUGUCAUGGAGAAGUUUGACAAACCUAAUCUUAACGUCGACAAGAAAGAGUUCCAGAAUGACAUGAAGAACCACGGCUUUAAGGGUCUGGCCGCUUCACGCUGGGCUUAAACUACUCUAAACUACCCUAAACUACCCUAAACUACUCUUUUACUAGAGCAAGUUCAUUCCUCCUAAUAAA